AUGUCUAUUAAUCCGUACGACAUUCUACGACCACCGGAUGACUUUGAAAUGGACGAAAUGGAUGAUAUUGCCAGUUCGCCAACAGAGGCCAGAAAAGCUCGACUUCCAAAACGAAACUCACCGCCUCAUCCAUCAUUACGACCCCAAAUUAAUGACUAUAGUCAUCGAAGGACACAAUCAACGCGCAAUAUUGAAAAACAAUCAGAUGGAAAUAAUACUAGGCAAGUAAAAAAGAUUAAUAGUAAAUAUAAGCAUGUCAUCCUUUCUUCUUCUAUGGCUGCUCGAGUAAAAACCUCAC